ACCCUCCUCGCCACCCCACCUCCACCCUCCCCUCUCUCUCUAGGGUUUCCCUCUUUUAAUCCCACGCCGCCACUUCACGCCUCCCUCGCGACCCUCCCCUCCGCCGCCGCCGACGCAGAAGGUCCCGUCACCACCGCCUCCUCCUCCAUGGCGUCGGAGAAGAAACAGUCAAACCCGAUGAGGGAAAUUAAGGUGCAGAAGCUGGUUCUCAACAUCUCCGUCGGAGAGAGCGGGGAUCGCCUCACCCGUGCCGCCAAGGUCUUGGAGCAACUGAGUGGACAGUCACCAGUGUUCUCUAAGGCUAGAUACACUGUUCGCUCGUUUGGUAUCAGGCGUAAUGAGAAGAUUGCGUGCUAUGUAACUGUAAGGGGUGAGAAGGCAAUGCAGCUUCUGGAGAGUGGACUGAAGGUCAAGGAAUAUGAACUGCUGAGGAGGAACUUCAGUGACACAGGGUGCUUUGGUUUUGGAAUCCAGGAGCACAUUGAUCUCGGCAUCAAGUAUGAUCCUUCAACAGGUAUUUAUGGAAUGGACUUCUAUGUCGUUCUUGAGCGUGCUGGGUAUCGUGUCGCCCGUCGUCGCAGGUGCAAGUCCCGUGUUGGAAUCCAGCACAGGGUGACCAAGGAGGAUUCCAUGAAGUGGUUCCAGGUCAAGUACGAAGGUGUUAUCCUCAACAAAGCCCAGGCUAGCACUUAGAAUCUGAUGUGUAGGCUCUCAGCCGUUAGACUGUUAUGGUCUCAAAGGAGUCCUCCACUAUGCAAGUUUUCUGGUCUACUUUGUGCAAUCCUACCGAGUCUUGUUACCUGAGUCAGUUUUGAACUGAAAGCUGAAAUCAUGGAUACACUUUGUUUUGUUUUA